AUGCAGUAUAAGCGUUUAUUGCCAAAAAUCACCAGUCAGUAUCCUUGUAGAGAGGAUCUGGUGGAGAAUCUGUACGAUUUGCUGGGUUACAGUGAUGAAAUCCUGCCGGAAGCAAUCUACAUCUGCGGGCCGCCGUGCUCAGGAAAGACUGUGAUCAUCUCCACCCUCUUGCGCUACCUCAAGAACAUUCGCUAUGCCAUCGUCGAUUGCCUGGAGUGCUACAGUUCGAAGCUCCUCUUCGAGGACAUCUUCGACUCCUUGUGCUGCCACGAAUUAAGCUACGAAAACUCCUUCACGCCUCGAGUGAAGUGUGAAAACAUGCGUAGCUUCAUCUCGGAACUCAGGCGAGAAUUCGCUGAUGAUUCCCUGAUAAUUGUCUUGAAGAAUGCAGAGAAGCUGCGAGACAUGGACAUGAAUAUCCUGCCAUCGUUUGUACGCUUGAGAGAACUGACUGGAAUCAAUGUUUGUUGCAUCUUUGUGGGGCAGAUUCCCUUCGAAAAGCUCCUCCCAAAGACUGGCCUGCCCACCAUCAUCCGCAUCAGAGUGUCACAGUACAGCAAGGAGCAGACUGAGACGAUCCUCCUGAAGGAAUUCACGCGAAUGCAAAACGCCCUCAAGGAGAAGAUGCGCAACGAGCCAGAAAUCUCCAAGGAAGAAUUCCUCCGUCGACUCGAAAUCAUUUCAUCGUUCGACAUGAACUUCUACAGGAACUACUUGAACGCCUUCCUGCACAUGUUCUACCGCGUGUGCAGGAAUCUCAUUCAGCUGAGAAUGGUGGCUGAGGAGUGCUUCGACAAGUACUGCGAGCCUGUGUUUCACGAUCCUUCCGCGGCUGGGAAUGUGAAUAUGCUGUGGAGAAACAUCUCAAGCACACUCAAGGAUUCCCUUAAGACGCUCUACACAAGGCUCAACGCGACUUCAAUUGAAAACUCAGAAAAACGUGAGAUGAAAGACUUCAUCCAAAUCGUGGAGCUUCCCUUCUACGCCAAGUAUCUCUUGAUUGCGGGUUACUUGGCCAGCCACAAUCCCGCCAAGGAGGACAAGCGGCUGUUCGUGAAGGACCACGGAAAGCAGAAGAAGCGCCUGAAGAGUGUCAAUGCGAAGGCAAAGGUGUCUGAGAAGACGAUGCUGCUGCAGGGACCGGCCACCUUCUCUGUGGAUCGCCUGCUGGCCAUCUUCCACGCCAUUAUCGACCAGAAGGUGUGCCUCACGUGCGAUCUCCUGGCGCAGAUCUCCACCCUCGUGGAGCUGGGCUUCUUCACGCGCACCACGACGGACAAGAACCUCCUGGAGGGCUCGGCGCGGUUCGUCUGCGGCCUGCAAGUGAGCGUCAUCAUGCGCAUUGGCGAAAUGGUGGGCUUCAGCGUGAGCCGAUAUCUGUGCGAUCUCAUGUAG